UAUGAAAUUUGCAUUGGCCAUCAUUCAAUGUUCUGUCUGAAAUUAUCAUGCGUCACAUCCGGACUUUUCCGGAUACAAAGCUGGUGUCCAUUGUAAAUAUAUGAUGGUUUUCCCCUUGGCUGUGUGGGCUGCGGAAAGGGCUAAAUCAUCGGUCAAAAUCUGACAUUUUCAUGUUCCCCUGAAUCCAAGUUUCUAUUCAUAUAGUUGCCGGUGUUGCAGUAGGGGCCACGCGGGACUUUCACCAGACAAUGGAGUAAAAUAGAUUGAUUGUUGUUUGUGCCAGCGUGUCACUACUGUUGUGUGCCGGCCAUUAGCCUAUAACUCAAGAUAAAGUGAUCUUCACUUCAUCUUCAAGUCGACCUUUUUCAAUAAAAUCAUUACACAUGGAUUGAAGGCGCUUUCAAAGAACCCAGGCCUAAAUUGAAAGRAUGCCUGAAUUUCGUUCCGCUGAGGAACUUGAAAARAAAUACGUCCACGAAGUAUACAAGGAUAUAGCACCAGGGUUUAUAAACGCUCGUUAUAAAGCGUGGCCAUUCGUCGAACAGUUUUUGAAAAGACAGCCUGUUGGAAGCAUUAUUGCUGAUGUGGGAUGUGGCUGUGGAAAAUAUCUGGGACUUUCAACAAGUUCCUUUAUGAUGGGAUCUGAUACCUGUGAAAAAUUUGUAGAAAUCGCUCAUGAAAGAAAUCAUGAGGUUGCUGUGUGUAACAACUUAAAGCUACCCUACAAAGAUGGCUGCGUUGAUGCUGUUAUCUCAGUGGGUGUUAUACAUCACUUUGCUUCUACAAAACGGCGAAUUAAAGCUCUUCAAGAGCUUGGGCGCAUCUUGAGACCUGGCGGAAAGAUGUUGGUUUAUGUCUGGGCCAUGGAGCAAGAUGAGAGGAAGUUUGAUGCACAAGAUGUAUUAGUGCCAUACACUGGAAAUAAAGAGAAAGGUAAAAAUAGGCGGCCAAUUCAUCAGCAAAGUCAGGAUUCCUAUUCCAUUUCAUCCUAUAAACUGAGAAAAAUAAAUGGAUAUUCUGCAAAACGUCGCUCCAGGUCAUGUGACUCCCUGUUUGAUAAGUAUCUUUCAGGUGACAAUAUGGAURAAGAGAUUAACAGACAAAGCAAAGAWGACAUUGUACCCUCAAGUAUAGAGUUUAGAGCUUUAAAAGAGAUUGUUGAAACCAUCAAACAGAAGAAAGAUUAUCUUAUUGCAAACAUUAACUCAAAAGUCAUGAAACUUUACCCAGAAAAAGAAAAGAGGUUUGUGAAUGAGCUAGUUAGUGCUGUAGUAGGAAAAAUCUUUGACAGAAAUGUUGAUGAUAAUGAAAAGAUCCAUCACGAAUCACAGAAAAGAUUGCCYAAUAUCUCACAGUUUGUUUCAUCACUUGUCAAAMGAAUCUUCAAAGAUAAAAAUGAUGAAACACAACCAGAUGACUAUGUAGAGCCAUUUYCAGAUCCAACAAAGUGUGAUGCUCUGUUGAAGGAAAAUGAAGAUGCAUUUAAGCAAAGCUUGUAUGAGAGUCUCUCUGCUUGGGCAAGGGAGAAAAUGGCAUUGCUGUCCCAUGAACGACUUAAAUCACUAAAUGAAAUAYCAAGAAAGGACUCCUUUGACAGUGAGAACAGUAGUGAGAUUGAUUUAGAAUCUGGUUCAUCUUAUCUGUUGGCUAGUAUUAAUGAUUGCAAAGACUCAACAGAAAGCAMAACACCAAACAAAACUCAUUAUAAUGAUAACAUGGGAGUACUGCCSUGCGACACCGACAGCGAUAGCUCUUCAUCAACAGAUUUAUUGAACUCUGCAGACUCUGGUAUUUCUGAUAAUGAUGCUCCAACAAACUCCAACAAGCAAAGUACGCUUUCUUCAACAUCUAGCAAAGCAACGACUUCAAAAAAGACAACUUUACAGAGAUAUUAUCAUGUGUUUAGUGCAAAGGAACUACCUGACCUAAUUGAGGGAAGUGUGCAYGAAGUUAAUGUUCUUAAAGAGUAUUAUGACCAUGGUAACUGGGCCGUUAUYGCUGAAAAACAUUGAUAUGAAUUAACUAUCAUAUAUUUGCUGUUUUACAAGAAAGUUAUUAAUAUAUUUAUUUUUUAAUUAUUUAUUUUUAGGGAUGAUUUUUAAAAUUGUGAAAAUURAAUACCAAUUAACUGCAUUAGUAUAUUGUCUAUCAUACAAGCCUCCUGUCCAUAAUUAUAACACCUUUUAGCAUUCAUGCAGAUGAGAGGCARUUUAAUAAGAAGGACCAAUUGUUUUAAACCACACACAAAAGAAUUGAAGGCAAGGCUUUAUGGAAACUGUAGAUGAUAAUUCCAAUCCCUGGAGCCUAAUGUCUUCAGUCCUUUAGCUAAUGGCCAUUCAAUCAGAAUAUAUUGAAAGCCAGCUAUUUUAUUCAAUAAGUCAUUAAUUUUAUAAUAUGGUACACCAUUUUCUCUAUUUCAAACUAUUGUAUUCUUUCAAUUUUAUGAUUUUAUUAAAACAUUUGCAGCCAUGAAAAUAGCUUCAUAGAAGUCAUUAUAUAUUGUUAGUAAUAUUUCACAGAUUUUUUAGCUUUAAUAUUAUUAAUAACAAAAACAUUUACAAAGGUUACUGAAUCACAUGUCUAACUAUUUAUUU